CCCAACUACCCAUCUUCUCUCCUCUUCCCAGAAUGUAAUGGAACAGUUCAACCCUGGGCUCAGGAACCUGGUCAACCUGGGGAAGAGCUAUGAGAAAUCAGUGGCAGCGAUGAGCCUGGCUGGAAAGGUGUACUUUGAUGCGGUCUCUAAGAUCGGGGAGAAUGCUGCGGUCUCUCCUGUCUCCAGGGAGUUGGGCGUUGUGCUGAUGGAGAUAUCCGAGGUCCACAGGAAAGUUCACCUUGAGCUAGAGGAGAAUUUCAAGAGGUUUCACAGCGAGAUAAUAGCUGAAUUGGAGAGGAAGACAGACAUGGAUGUAAAAUACAUGACAGCCACCUUUAAGAGAUACCAGACAGAGCACAAGAUGAAGCAGGACUCUCUGGACAGGUCGCAGUCUGACCUGAAGAAACUCAGGAGGAAGAGCCAGGGCAAGAACACCUACAAGUACGAAAACAAGGAGAGUGAGUGCCUGGAGACGCUGAGGUCAGGGCAGAUGGACAUGCAGAAGUUCAUCGCCGAAGGCUGCAAGGAGGCUCUGCUGGAGGAGAAGAGACGCUUCUGCUUCCUGGUGGACAAACACUGCACCUUCUCCUAUCAGAUCGCUGCCUUCCACGACAAGGCCAGAGACAUGCUUUUCGGGAAGCUGCCCACCUGGCAGGACAAGUGUGGCGAUGCCACCAACGUGCCCGAGAGCGUGAUGUCUAUGAUUGAGGGUCUUCGCACCCCAGUGUCCAUCACCCCCCAGGCCUCCCCCGUCUCCCAGAGACACAGUAGGAGCAACUCCAUAUUCCGGGACACAGUUCCACCCCCUGCCCCGGCACUGAAGGCUCAGACCAGCCCAUUGGCCAACUACAGGGACAACGGAGGGGAGGAGAGUGGUCUAGGUCCCAGGUCAGUGUCUGUGGCCACAGGACUCAACAACAUUGUGAAGAGACCCAGGGUCCGCACCAUCUUCCCCCACACCUCUGGGACCAACGCUACGCUGCUUAGCUUUGACGAGGGAGACAUCAUCACCCUGCUCAUACCUGAUGAGAGGGAUGGAUGGCUUUAUGGAGAACUGGAGAAGACCAGGCAGAGGGGAUGGUUUCCAUCAUCCUAUUGCCGGGCAUAUUCAGAGCCAAUAGUGAAUAACAACAGUGUGGGGGCUCCUCCCAUGCGCAGUAAGAGCGUGGUGAACCUGCUCCACCAGGACACAGAGACAGAUGAUUCCUCCAUGGUCCUCCCCCCUCCCGACUACAGCGACUUCCCCAAGAGGAGUGUCCUCCCAGGCAGCAAGCAGCACUCGCCCUCCCUCUCCGCCUCCUCCGGCUCUUCUGUACACACGGGAACCCAACUGAAUGGGUUUGGAAAGACGCCUCUUUUCCUCGGGGGAGGGAACCCGUUCACCGCAGUCAAGCUACGUCCCACAGUCACCAAUGACCGCUCAGGCCCAGUCAUCUAAACCUCCAGACCCAUCCUCCUGUCCACCUCUACACAGCACCUCCAGCUGGGCAUCACCCCAUGCUCUCCCCCCUCCUCCUCCAGGCGGAUGGACCCAGGGCCGGACACUAGUGGACAGGACAACUUGACACUGUGGGCUGCUGUGCUGAACAUCCAGUCAUUUCACUACUACAGAUGCCAUUAGAAAUGACAUUGUCUGAUACACAGUUGCCCUACUGCUGCAAACGCUCUCCCUGAGAAGGUGGGAUUUAUUUAUGUAAACAGAUGCACAUAUAUAGAUUUUCUAGACCUAUUUUUGUCGGCGAUGAUGAGUGGCGACAUACUACAUGCGUUCUCGCUGGGCGUGUGCGAAAAGGAGUCGAGGAAAGCCUGAGAUUGGGCCGUUGAAAUAUCAGAAUGUAUUUAUGACAAUUUUCUUUUGCUUGUUCAAUCACUCGUCAAAGAUUUUUCGUUGCUAUAGGGCAGUAGAUAAAUGAAUGUAUGCAAUAUGGGCCGUAUGCAUCACAAUUUACGGAGGUCCUUAUGGUAGUGUUGCUCUUGUUAUUGUUGAUGUAUCUCCAAUAUGAUAUGUAAAAUUGCAUUGUUGCUAUCAUUACUAAAGACCAACAGCUGGCGACUGUCAAAUGUAACUAUACUCAUUCAAGGGAAGCGCACACAUCGUUUCUUCCCCUCAACUCCUUCCAAGAAGUGUACAACGAAUUUGAUUGGUUGAGUGUGUCAUUGUCAUCUUGCUGAUUGGUUUUACAGUUAAGUGUUCAUACAGUGCUCCUGUUACUAGUGGAAGAUGUGAGACGUGUUUACCUUAACUCUAUAUACCAACAGUAAUCAUUCUGUGAAACGUCUCUCACCGGUCUCUGUUAUUCAAGUAGCCCGGGUCAUGUUCAUUAGGCACCAAAUGGAAGAAAGCAGAAUAAAACCUUUGAGGGAAUGUUUCUUAUUGUUUGAUAAGAAAUGUUCAACUGUUUUAAAAGGUUUUCCAUUACGUUUCCUAAUGAAUAUGAGCCAGUAGUGCUGUGGACAUACAUUUUUAAAAGGACAUGCUUAAAUGGAACUCAUAACUUCCCAUAGACCGUGCAGCCAUUUUGCAGUUAUCUUCAUGCUUCAAUUAAGGCAUUUUCAACCUAGUGGCUAAUUUUAUAAUUUUUCUUUGGUCUGCCUUGCCUACUCCCUGAGUUUGGAACGUUGCUGUAUGAAAAUAUACACUGAACAAACAUGUAAACGCAGCAUGUAAAGUGUUGGUCCCAUGUUUCAUGAGCUGAAAUAAAAGAUGCUGGAAAUGUUCCAUACGCAUAAAAAACGUACUUCUCUCAAAUGUUGUGGAGAAAUAAAUGUACAUCCCUGUUAGUGAGCAAUUCUCUUUUGCCAAAAUAAUCCAUUCACCUGACAGGUGUGGCAUAUCAAGAAGUUGAUUUAACAGCAUGAUCAUUACACAGGUGCACCUUGUGCUGGGGACAAUAAAAGACC